GUCGCUCGACCUCCACACCAGGUCAUCCUCGUAUUCGAGGUAGCGUCAGGGGUCCAGGGGGGCAAGCCAGCACAGGCUGCACAGCCGCCAUGCCUUGGCAGCGGCAAUGUCCUGAUGGGUGACGUCGAGAUUUCCCCCGGCGGAGCGCAUGGGUGCAGAAAUACGAAAAAGCCGCCCUCGGGGUGACGGCCAUUGGACGGAGGGCAUGCCCACCCAACUGUUCUGGAAGCCAUAUUCUUAGAAUCGGCGUGUCCUAGUGAGCAGAGUGGGUGACACCUGGGGCUCAAGUGCUGUGGUAUCCACUUGCACACGGAGAUGGGGUUGUCAUGGGUUAUAUAUAACAAGGACAGCCUCCCCGCCGCUGAGGAAUCUGUUUGUUUAUAUUCCAAGGUUCCCAUCCGGAGCAGGAGUCCUCACGUUCGUUCACACCCCCUCCACCUCCACAGACUCGGGAACAAAUCGCCACAAUGAAGUUGUCUACGGUACUCUCGGGGCUCUCUGUCGUCGCCGGCACGGCCAACGCGGCCUUGCAAGGAUUCAACUACGGGGCCUUCUUCAACAACCAGGCGGCCAAGCAGCAGGUUGACUUCGCGUACGAGUUCAACCGGGCCAAGAACCUGCCCAACCAGUCCGGGUGGAACGCGGCCAGGCUGUACACGAUGGUGCAGUGGGGGACGGCCAGCGAUGUGGUGUCGGCGAUCCCGGCGGCCAUCAACACGCAGACGAAGCUCCUGCUGGGGCUGUGGACGUCGGGGGGCAGCUUCCCCAACGAGAUCAAGGCGCUGCAGACGGCCAUCAACCAGUACGGCACGGCCUUCACGGACCUGGUGGUGGGCAUCUCGGUGGGCAGCGAGGACCUGUACAGGCAGCAGAACGGCGAGGUUGGCAUCGGCGCCGACGAGCUGGUGGGCUACAUCAACCAGGUCCGCAGCACCAUCGCCGGCACGCCGCUGCAGGGCAAGCCCAUUGGCCACGUGGACACGUGGAACAUGUGGCUCGACGGCGGCAACAGCAAGGUGAUUGCGGCCCUCGACUGGGUGGGCAUGGACGCCUACCCGUACUUCCAGGCGGCCUUCGACAACAGGAUCGAGAAUGCGGCCAACCUGUUCUGGAGUGCGUACGACCAGACCAAGGCGGCGUCGCAGGGCAAGGAGGUGUGGGUGACGGAGACUGGGUGGCCCGUCAGCGGCGACACGGUCAACGGGGCGGUCCCAAACAUCCAGAACGCGCACACCUUCUGGAAGCAGGUGGCGUGCGGGCUGGUGUCGAGGAAUAUCAACACCUUCUGGUACAUGCUGCAGGAGAGCCAGUGGGGACAAGCCAACCCUGAUUUCGGCAUCUACGGGGCUGGCGACCUUGGCGCCCUGUCACCACAGUUCGACCUGUCCUGCUGAUUGCCUGACAUGACAGCAUUCAAAAAUAAUGGAUAAUUGCUAGUACUACUACUUCUGCUAGAUACAUAUUUGACCCCAGCCCAGCUGGAGACUGGAGGUUCGUUGUAUAAAUCUAAUACCUGUCAUCAACCUUUCACAUGUGCAACCAUUUAAGACUAUUUGCUCGUGGUGGACCAGACUGUGCUGUGACUUGACUUUUCCACGCCGACUCAUGAGACGUGCCCGGAUUGCAAGGUUGUUGUUGCGAUGAAUAACCACUGGUGUAAUGUCUGCCGCUCGGCAUUGCACCGAAAGUGGAUUCAUCCCGAGGUCCCCACCAGGGCAGCACACCGACUCGAGGAGAGACCCGCACAGCAAUAUAAACACCACAAAAAAAUGGCCCUCAAGCCCGUUUAGCUCAUCGGUAGAGCGCAUCACUAGUAGUCCUUGGACAAGGCCAUGAUGAGGUGACUGGUUCGAUUCCAGUAAUGGGCAGUGACAUUCCAGAAUGCGGUUUGAAAGAUCCUGUUCUCUUUUUGUGUGAACAUGGCACACUUUUUGUGGUUCUUGGGAUGCUGGGUGAACACCUGUACAACAAACAGCCCAACUCACAAUGUGGAAUGAUUGACUAGAUAACACCUACCUACCUACCUACCUAAGUACCUAGGCCAUGUGCAGGACCAUGUCGUGGCAAGGUCACGGUGUUCUGUCCUCUGCAGCACUUGUGGCCAGUCUGGCAGUCUGGCAGUCCGGCUGGCCAGUGUGUUCCUGAUCCGCAUGAGAAGAACCGAAUUGAUUAAUUAUUUGAUUGAUGGGUGCCCGGGUGGUCUUGUCAGGGGCAGACAAACGGGGCAGAUGCGAAAUGACCGGAA